CGACCAUUCGAACACCGUGUUGUUGUUGAUGGCAGUCAGCUGUUCGCGAUGUCUCCGAACACGAACAUCACCCUUCCCAAAAAACUGCCUUUAUUAAUCGUCUACAAUGGUGUCCUGCUUCCUGGGUCAACUAUUAGAAUACCUGUGACCACAGUCAAGAGCGUAAACCUGGUGAGAUCACGUUUGAUGACAGGCAGUCAGCUGACAAGCACGGUUAUUGGAGUUGUGACAAAGGAGCCUGAUAAUGAUAAAAGCUUAAAGAACCUGCAUGACAUCGGCACUGCUGGGGUUGUGGUUCAAGUCACCGGCACAAACUGGCCUCGGCCUGCGUACACUCUGCUGGUAACGGGGAUUUGCAGGUUUCGCUUGGACUCCAUCAUCCAGGAGCACCCCUAUCCUGUGGGUGCCGUGACACAGCUAGAUGAUAUCAAAGAGAUCAGCAGUGAAGGUGAUGACACACAACUUGCUGAGCUCAUUUCAGAAUUCAAGGAAGCAGCUCGCAAGUUGAUUGAACUUCUCGAUGUAUCUGUGCCAGCCGUUGCCAAACUGAAGGAGCUUGUGGACAGGGUUCCAAGCCGUCAUCUAGCAGAUGUUGUUGCAGCCUUGGUAAAAGCAACAUUGCCCGAGAGGUUGCAGGUGCUGGAUGCAGUGGAUCUUGCAACUAGAAUCAGGGUGACACUACCACUCCUACUCAGGCAUAUUCAAAGACUAAAGGAUGUGCGUGAAGCAGGGGGAGAUGAAACAAACAACAAGGAGAACCAGGUCGUCAAAAUCAGCAGAGGGGGGAGGAACCUGUCGCCUGACCCAGAGCUCGACGAUGAUGGAGAAGAUGGCAUUGCGGAGUUUGAGACAAAGAUCAAGGAGGCAAACAUGCCUGAUGAAGCAAGGAAGGCAGCGCUGAAAGAGCUGGGCCGCUUGAAACGCAUGGCUCCCCACAUGCCAGAGUAUUCUAUGACAAGGAACUACCUGGAGCUCAUGGUGGACUUGCCUUGGUCUGCCACAGUCAAAGAGACCUGUAACAUCAGCAAAGCACGGGCAGACAUGGAUGCUGAUCACUAUGGGAUGGAGAAGGUUAAACGCCGAGUGUUGGAGUACCUUGCUGUCAGACAGCUCCGUGGUGAUCUCAAAGGACCCAUCUUGUGCUUCGUUGGGCCUCCAGGAGUUGGGAAGACGAGCAUAGCCAAAUCUAUAGCAACAACACUUGGACGCCCUUACCAGAGGAUAUCGCUAGGUGGCAUAAGUGAUCAGCAUGAUAUUCGUGGGCACAGAAGAACCUAUAUUGGAGCCAUGCCUGGAAGAGUGAUUCAGGCUCUCAGAAAUGUCAAGGCUAAGAAUCCUGUGCUGCUUCUUGAUGAGGUAGACAAGCUAGGGACAGGCAUCCACGGAGACCCAGGAGCUGCUCUCUUGGAGGUCCUGGAUCCUGAGCAGAAUUUUGCAUUCACGGACACUUACCUCGGCCUACCAUUUGAUCUGUCACAGGUGCUGUUUGUUGCCACUGCCAACACAUUGUCAUCAAUUCCAACACCCCUGAUGGACAGGAUGGAGGUGAUUCAUGUUCCAGGAUACACUCAGGAAGAGAAGAUUAUGAUUGGUCAGCUGCACCUGUUACCCAAGCAAUUACGAGAGCAUGGUCUUACGCCUGACAUUAUGCAUGUGCCUCCAGAAUCAAUUGCAAUAGUCAUUGGGGAAUACACUCGGGAAGCAGGUGUUAGAACGCUGGAGAGGAAAAUAGGAGCACUUUGCAGAGCUGUUGCUGUGCAAGUUGCUGAGGCUAAACCAGAGGUCCAAGCCAUCGGUGACGAAGGGGUCAAGGCGGACAUGGUGGUAGCAGAAGCCGAGGAAAAGGGAGAUGGGACACAGCAGGGGGAACCACACAAAGAAGGAAGUCCCGCAGCUGGAGAGCAUGCGUACCAUCAUUCGCCACUCAUUAACCUGACCCAUUUGAAGGAGUACCUGGACCUCCCUGUGCAAGUGGAUGCCAAGAUGAUUCACGAUGUCCUCGGGCCCCCUAUAUUCCAAAGUGGGCUAUCAGGAAGGGUGAGUGUGCCUGGGGUGGCAGUGGGCCUGGCAUGGACCCCUGUGGGAGGCGAGGUCAUGGUCGUGGAAGCAUCGCGCACAGGGGGAGAUGGCGGACUCACUCUCACUGGUCAGCUGGGCUCUGUCAUGCAAGAGUCAGCCAAGAUUGCCAUGUCAUGGGUCAGGCAGCAUUCUUUUUUGAUUGGAUUGGAUAAGGACUUCAUGAAAGACGGAGAAAUCCACAUGCACUUCCCUGCAGGGGCCAUUAGCAAGGACGGACCCUCGGCAGGUGUUACCAUCCUUACUGUUCUCGUCUCUCUCCUGUCCCAGCGCUGUGUCCGGCCUGAUGUAGCCAUGACAGGGGAGAUCACCCUCAAUGGGGUUGUCUUGCCGGUUGGUGGUAUCAAGGAAAAGGUGAUGGCUGCGCACAGGGCCGGGCUUACCACGCUGGUACUUCCUGCUGCCAACAAGAAGGACCUCGCUGAUAUUCCAAACUCAGUCUUGAAUGAAAUCGAAGUAGUACUUGUGAACACAGUGGAGGAGGUGCUCCAGGCCGCGUUUGACGAAGGCUUCAGUGAAAUGUUCGACAGUGACAAGGAUGGAGAAUCGGUGCCAAAAUCUCCGAUGAGCAAACUCUAGGUCACAGAUUUUGUUAUUUGUUAGGACCAAGUGCUUCUGAUAUUAGAAUUAUCAGAGUAGAGCAGAAAAAAAAAGUAUAUUUUCAAUUUCUUUGCUUCUGUAAGUUCUUUAAGAUUAUUAUUUUUUUUUCCUAACAAAGAUUUAUGGACUUAUAUCCAUUUUAUGUUUAUACAUGUUUGGAAUGGAGAGUUUGUUGCAAUAUACGGUAGGGUUAUAUGUUAGCGAAGUAAGAUUUUUCUCCUUUCACAUUAUGCGUAGAAAGCCUUUAAUCUACAUUCACAUAUGUGUUUAACCAACUUUUAUAUUUAAGUAUAUAUAUAUACAUAAAUAAGAAUAUUCAUUAUUAAAAACUUAUGGGAUUGGUAUGUGUUGUAGUUAGAGAUAAAAAAAAGUAGGGAUGUAGUGAUAUAUGUAAAAAAGAAAA